UUUGUUAACUACUCCAAAUUCAUGGGUUACUGUAUGUAUACAUGUUUUCUUCUUUCUGAUAGUAUGGUUGAGUGUCACACAUGAAACAUCAACCUGUCAUUCUUCUGCUCUGGGCUUGGUGAAGUAGCUGGGGAAUACAUUCCAGCACCUACCUUGAUCAUGGGGGGUUGGGUGACCUGAACAUAAAAGAGAAAAAAGAGAAGGUCAACUGCUCCUCUUCUGGGCCUGCAAAGUUGCAGUCAUCUUGCUCUACUUUCCACUUUCUUCCUAAUGAUAUCAUCUCUUGUGAUAGAUAUCUUUUUUAAUUAAUUAAUUAAUUUAUUUAUUUGCAGUAGUAGAACUAAUUAUUAAUGAGCUUUAUGUAAACAGGCAGCAUGAUUAACCUCCUCCUCCUGCUGCUGCUGCUUCUCGCUCCCACUGUGAGGUGUCAUCAUUCACCAGCUGUUAAUGAGUCAUAAUAAUAAUUGCUGUUUUUAAUGCUCCAUUCUACCCCUUUCUUGGUGGUUCCUGUCCCCACUCCCAUCUACAGGACAAUUCAAAACAGUAAAUGUCCGGUCCUGAUAGGCGCUCUUUCUUUUCUUCUUGUCCCUCUAUUUCACCUCCGAGCUCCUCAAGUGUCCCAGACAGUGAUAUGCUUAACGGAGUGCUAAACAUGUCACCCAAACUGUCCUCUCUUUCGAAUUCUAUUGCAAAGUUGGAGAGCACAGUGUCUCGCGAGGCUUCACUGAAUUGGGAUUCUGAGAACACAGUGGGUUGUAGUUCCAUCAUAUCUAUUCCUAGCGAUCACACUCCAACGCCAAAGUCUUCUGCUGUACUGAGGAAGGAGAUUGCAACACUUGAGGCUGAAAUAUUGCAUCUGGAGCGUUAUCUUCUUUCACUGUAUCGUACAGCUUUCAAUGAGCAGCUACCUGCUUUAUCAAAUGUGACUAAAAACCAUUUGCAAUACAAGACAGGAUCGCCAUUAAAAGCUCAAUCGCCUCACAACUUAAAAGUACAUCAACAGACCGGUGAUAUUAUCCACCAUGAUCAAAGUUCCCCUGCACAUGGUUGGUCAGGACCAUAUAGUCAGAGUUGCACUGCUAGCUUACAGUCAACAUCUACAAGGGAGCAGAAGAAUGUUGAUUCUGGUCGUCAUAGCCUUGCAGAUCACCUCCGUGCUUCUUGCUUGGUUAACGAUCUUGGCAUUCCUGAUAGACUCUCUGAAGACAUUGUGAGAUGCAUAUCUUCCAUUUACUGCAGACUUUGCAACCCCCUUCAUAGCCAAUUAGGCUUGGCAGCUUCUCCUACUUCAUCCCUGUCAUCCUCUAGUAUAUUUUCCUCUCGCAACCCUUCUGAUAACUGGAGUCCGCAUUGCAAUGGAGAUGCUAUGUUUCAGCGUCAACUUCAAGGGUUGAAAGGAGAGAGCGGACCAUAUGAUACAAUGCUUGAAGUUCUGAACAUUUAUCUAGAUGAUGCUAGUUUCAAUUAUGCUGCCACCAUGCUAAAAAAUUUCAGGUCACUGGUUCAAAGGCUUGAGAAGGUGGAUCCAAGGAAGUUGAAGCGUGAAGAGAAGCUUGCGUUUUGGAUUAACAUUCACAAUGCCUUGGUCAUGCAUGCAUAUUUAGCAUAUGGGACACAUAAUCGGGUGAAAAGUGCAUCCAUUUUGAAGGCAGCAUACAAUGUGGGUGGACAAUGCAUCAAUGCGUGCGUUAUACAAAGCUCCAUCUUGGGUAUUCGGUCACACUACUCAGAACCAUGGCUACAAGCAUUGUUUUCUCCAGGAAGGAAAUCUAAGACAGGGAAUAUCAGACAUGUCUAUGCCUUGGAAUACCCAGAGCCACUCGUUCAUUUUGCGCUUUGUUCAGGGGCAUAUUCUGAUCCAGCAGUUCGAGUUUACACAGCAAAGAGUAUCUUUCAGGAACUCAAGGUUGCUAAAGAAGAGUUCAUUCAAUCCAAAGUUUACGUGCACAAGGAGUCAAAGAUUUUCCUACCAAAAAUACUCUGGUACUUUGGGAAGGACAUGUCAGUAGAAGCUGAUGGGGUGAUUGAGGUGAUAAGUGAGUGCCUGACAGAAGGGCAGCUGAAGGCUAUGAGGAAAUGCACGAGGGGGAAGACUAACAAGAGCAUCCAUUGGUUGUCGCAAAGCUCAUCCUUUCGGUAUGUUAUCCAUGGAGAAUUAGCAAAAGGGAGAACAAUGGUCUGAUCAAAGAGCGCACUGCCCCUGCCUGUAUAAUACAUAUCUGCAAAUGAUCAUUUUUUUCCCCUGAACAAAAUAACGAGCGAAUGUUGUAUAGAAACUAGAAAGUGGUAGCUGGAAUUGUAGAGGUGGUUUUGCGAAUCUACAAUGGAACCACCCGGUAAAUUAACGUAAGUGUAAUUAUUAAGGAAAAUUCUAUUUUUUUUAAAAAAGAAUCAUGGUCUGUGUGUGUUUGAUUGCAA